CUUUUCUUUUCCCUCUCUAUCCACCACCUCGAUCGCCAUCACCAACUCCACCCCCGCGUCUCGGAUUGCGAGGAGAGGACGAGAGGAGACGAGCUGAGCUCAGCUCGCCGAGCUGAUUAGCUCAAGCCCAGAGCGGCGGCGGCGGCGGCGGAGAGGGGAGAAAGGGUAGAGGAGCGACGUGCAGGCGCCUCGGGAAGACGGCCGACAGCGGUACAAUUCUGCAUCCGUAUCUCCACAUGAGCAAAAGGGACCUGAAAAGCAGCAAUCUUGGACUGAAAAGCACGCGGUUUUGAGAAAUUUGGAAAAAGGAUACAUGCAUAGCGAGAUCUUGAUCUUGGGAUGGUGUCCAGUCGAAGGAACACCGGGGCACUCCAGCGGGAUGGGUCGGUUCGGGACUGGUCUGAAUUUGUUGACCCCUCACCAUCUCCUAAAUUGUUGUAUUCGCAAUCGUAUGUUGCAAUGAGAGGAUUGCUGUCUUCUUUGCUCUCAAUGGACUUUGCCUUACUGUCGAGCAGGCUGAAAUCUGCAUGGGCGGCUAUACUGUCCCAGAGGCAUACUCGGUCUCCAGAGAGGUCAAAAUCAAGGGGGCUGAGCUGCAAGAGACUUGCAUUUCAUCUGUUUCUAUGUUUCAUGGUCGGCAUCUUCAUCGGGUUUAUGCCGUUCUUCUCGGUCGACGUAUCUCAGAAGAUAGUAUCUGAGAAUGGGAGGCUUCCUUUUGAUGAGGGGGUAGUUGACAGGGGAAUGAUGGACACUAAAGUUAAGGAAUUGGAGACAAUUGUGGUGGAAAAAGAGGUUGACAUAAUUGACGAGAGCGAGGUUGCAGAGAGUCCUCCAGUUCCUGCAAUGUUGGAUGAUGAGGCUGACUUUGUGGAAUCAUCCCCUGCAAUACCUGAUAUCAAUGAUUUGGAUAUCCCUGUGAGAAAGCUUCUGAUAAUUGUUACGAUUACUACUGUUCGACCACAGCAAGCGUAUUACCUGAACCGUUUGGCUCAUGUUUUGAAAACUGUACAGUCUCCUCUUCUGUGGUUAGUGGUCGAAUGGCCUGAUCAGUCCUUUGAAACAGCAGAAAUCCUCAGGUCUUCUGGGGUUAUGUACAGGCAUCUUAUCUGCAGGAAGAAUACUACUAGUGUACGGAAAAUUGCUGUCUGUCAGAGGAAUAGUGCAAUCUAUCAUAUUAAAAAGCAUCGUCUUGAUGGUAUAAUGCAUUUUGCUGAUGAAGAGCGGUCAUACAUGAGUGAUGUAUUUGAAGAAAUGCGGAAAAUCAGGCGGUUUGGAGCAUGGCCUGUAGCAAUUCAUACUGGGAUCAAGUACAGGGUGGUUUUAGAAGGUCCUAUAUGUAAAGGUAGUCGAGUGACUGGAUGGAACACAGUCCAGAAGAAGGGUGCAGCACGUCGAUUCCCAAUCGGUUUCUCCGGUUUUGCUUUCAACAGUACAAUGCUAUGGGAUCCUCAGAGGUGGAACCGCCCACCUAUGGAUUCUGUCAUCGUCCACUCAGGUGGAAGAGGUGGUUUGCAGGAGUCGAGAUUUAUUGAGAAGCUUGUUAAAAAUGAGCGGCAGGUAGAGGGUCUCCCAGAUGAUUGCAACCGGGUUAUGGUCUGGAAUUUUAACUUGGAACCUCCCCAACUCAGCUAUCCCUCAGGCUGGUCAUUGCAUAACAACCUUGAUAGCGUUAUUCCUGUAACAUAAAGUCUUGCUGCUACCCACUGUGCUCUCCUACAGGUGGCCAUGGGGCUUGCUCAGUGACACCCUCCUGAACAAAUUGCACACUCGAUCGAUUAUGCGAAGUUGCUAUGGCCUGAUCCUACAGCAGUUAUCAUAUCAGAUUAUCAGUAGCUGUGCAGAGCAAGAUGCCUGACCAAACUUAUUUUUUCUUUUUUUAUGAUGUAUUCCCUUCAUUUUUUCCCAUAUAUCCGCCAGCUAGAUGUUGCCAUAUAGAAUUUUUUAGAGUCCUUUGUUAUAUUAUGUGUUACCUUACAGAUGUAAAAGCAUGCAGCCAUUGUAACUGUUAAGAGCAAACAGCACUCUUGAUACGUGAAAGGAUUUGAAUCAAAUCAUUUACUUAGGUUGUAACCAGGAGUUAUUGUGCGUUGCCGAAUUUUCCUUUGGAGUUUUCUGAAACCUUGAGUUUACAAACAAUGUAUUUCUGAUCUGCAGAAAUUAUAGA